UCCAAUUUCACCACCAUCAACACCAGGCUUUCCACGACCAGAUUCAAGACAUAGAUCUGAUUCUAGUACAUCGUCAGAACUUGCAGUGGAAAUACAAAAAUUGCAAAAGAAAAUUUCAAAGAUGGAGAAUGAAAAUUUACAAAAUCAUCAACUUGUUGAAACAUUGGAGUCCUCACUUAAUGAUAACGAAACAAAUCUACGCGUAGCCAAACAACAGUUAACUAUAUUACAACGUGAGAAGCAAGAUUUCCUUGAACAGAUCAAGAAUUUAAGAGCACAGUUAGAUGAUGCUCAACAACAAGUAGAGCAAGCUAAAUCAACUGUGCGAGAAGAAAAGAAAGUCAUGGAGAGUGUACUUGAAGAAGAACGCAAAGCCAAAGAAAAGGCUGAAAAGGCACGAAUUGCAAUUGAGAACCAAAUGGAGAAACUUGUUGCAAAGAGAAACAAAUUUAUGUGUUUCUAA